CAGACCGGUCCAGCUACUAAGCAGGAGGCGACUUUGCUGUACCUUAUAAGCACAUAUGGUCUUUCCCCGGUCGUUCUUGAACUGAAGAGGGGCGGCGCCCGCAGGGUGGCAGGUGCACAGGCGACUAGGAGUGCCCAGUGGUCCUGACCUGCUGCUGAAUGUCUGUCCCCGAGGAGGAGGAGACGCUGCUGCCGCUCACGCAGAGAUGGCCUCGGAUGAGCAAGUUCCUACUGUCCGGCUGCGCCGCAACCGUGGCCGAGCUAGCAACCUUUCCCCUCGAUCUCACCAAAACCCGACUCCAGAUGCAAGGAGAAGCUGCUCUUGCUAGGUUGGGAGAUGGUGCAACGGAAUCUGCCCCUUAUAGGGGCAUGGUGCGCACAGCCCUAGGAAUUGUCCAAGAGGAAGGCUUCCUAAAGUUGUGGCAAGGAGUGACGCCCGCCAUUUACAGACACGUAGUGUAUUCGGGAGGUCGGAUGGUCACCUAUGAGCAUCUCCGGGAGGUUGUGUUUGGCAAAAGUGAAGAUAAGCAUUAUCCCCUCUGGAAAUCGGUCAUCGGAGGGAUGAUGGCUGGGGUCAUUGGGCAGUUUCUGGCCAACCCCACCGACCUGGUGAAAGUCCAGAUGCAGAUGGAAGGAAAACGGAAGCUGGAAGGGAAGCCCUUGAGAUUCCGUGGAGUACAUCAUGCGUUUGCAAAAAUCUUGGCUGAAGGAGGAAUUCGUGGGCUGUGGGCAGGCUGGGUGCCCAAUAUUCAAAGAGCUGCGCUUGUGAACAUGGGAGACCUAACCACCUAUGAUACGGUGAAGCACUACCUGGUACUGAACACGCAGCUAGAGGAGAACAUCGCCACUCACGGCUUAUCCAGUUUGUGUUCGGGACUCGUAGCUUCUAUUCUGGGGACCCCGGCUGAUGUCAUUAAGAGCCGAAUAAUGAACCAACCUCGAGACAAGCAGGGAAGGGGACUUUUAUAUAAGUCAUCAACUGACUGCUUGAUCCAGGCUGUCCAAGGGGAAGGCUUCCUGAGCCUGUAUAAAGGCUUUCUACCAUCCUGGCUGAGAAUGACCCCUUGGUCAAUGGUGUUCUGGCUCACCUAUGAAAAAAUCAGAGAGAUGAGUGGAGUCAGUCCGUUUUAAGCCCUUAAAGCCAGAGUGCUCAUCGUUGCCGAACAAGGACAUCUGCAACACACGCCCCCUAUUAUUUCUACCUCUUUAGGAAGGUACUUUACUCCACAGAGAUUACGAUUUACAGGGGGCAGCACUUUCUCUUUCUACGGAAACCAGAGUUCUCUUUGACUCUACUCUUUAUCUAAGAGGGAUCUGUCUGGUCCCAGUCUCUCAAGACCAACCACUGAGACCCAGCUCGGCAUUUCCUAAAGAAUGGAACCUGGACCACUUUGACCUUGGACCCAAAGGUUUAAGACUUUGAGCUGCUGAUCCCUGCAAAAGUGUCUGCCUAGAGGAGCCCCAGAGGGAGCCAGCCCCUCAGACCUGGACAGACGGCAGUGAUGUGAAAAACUGUGUAGUGCUUAGGAAACACAUUUAACCUGUGCGCCAGUAUCUCUUGUUGUGGCGUGACAACUCUCUUUUCUGUUACUAGAGCACAUAUCGUAAACUGCAGGAGGCAAAGGAAAGGGCAAGAAUAAACAUGUUGCGUUUCCCUAGUGCUGAAAGAAGUUGCUUUACCAUUCUGGCAAGGAGGACGGAAAGCUAAAGAGGGAACUUGAAGUGAUGUUUGGAUUGCAAGGGCAGAGGCCCAUUGCUGGCAGGACCCACCUUUACGGGUGUGCUUACCGGAUGUCACUCCUCCACACAAGCUAGAGCCAGGUACUUACCCUGACAGUGAGAGCAGAGCAUUUGCCGCCUGUAGCAUACUCCACGACAACUCGCAUUUGUCAGUAACUCUGAGAGGAUCGUCACCAAUGGAAACCACAAUGUAUUUGACUGAGAUUCAGCUCUCAGGGUCGUUGUAGGAAGCACCUCAUAACGUCAUCAGCUCUUCCUGGGUGUUUUCGGAGCAAGAAUGACGUGAAAUCAGCUCACUCUGAUGUGGCUUUUUCUGUACCUGCCCCCUCUAUCACAGAGAGGAAGAGAGACAAUUCAGAUGCCGUUUUAGAACUUUCAGAAGCCCAAGGAUUAGUCGUUUUGAAUCUUGCUCAUUCUUGCAUAAGAUGUGACAAGCGUGUACCAUCUGUAGGUCAUGCUAAUCUCUCAAUCUUUGCAUCUGGUCCUUUUGCUUGUUUUAGAACAGUUGCUCCAGAUUCACCUGCGCACACCUGCUCCCCCAGCCUCAGACAUAGGGCAUUUUAGGAUGGAUGGCUACAGCUAGGGGUACAGGCUGGAGAUGGUACUAGGAAAACCCCAACCACUCAGGCCCAAGGUAGACCUCAGAGCCAACCGAUAGAUGUCACGAUGGACAUCCAUGCUGUCGUCAGCAUGACUGUGUGGGUGGAUAAUCACUGCCAUUUUAAAGGAGGAAGCACACGUCUACAGACCUUUCAAUGUGUGUAACCCUCUCAUUUUUUUCAUUUGCAGAAGGCGGAGAUCGAUCCCUUUUCGUCUUCAGGUUGCUUACCUUUCCAUUGUAUUCGUCAAUCUGUAAUUGAGUUGCUAAAUAUAUAUAGUCUCUAUUAUACUAUAUUAUGUGCUUAAGUCCCCAAGUAUUCUGCUCCACAAACUGAAUCACUUUGGAGAAAAUUUGGUUUUCCUAUGUUUUGUAAUGUUUAUGACUAAGCAAAGAUGGAAUUAAAUAAUUAUAUGCAAACUGAA